AUGAAGGCGGUUUUGGAUGGUCUAUUGAUUCACGAGUAUUUUAAGGUAUGGGUGCGGCAUAUGGCACGGCGAAUCAACCCUAAGGUCAAGUCAUACUACUUGUUUGAUGGCUAUGCUCACCUUUCUUCUGGCCUCGUUUGUGGCCUUGCUGGCCUUUCUGCUGGUAUGGCCAUUGGAAUUGUUGGGGAUGUUGGUGUUAGAUCAUUGUGUGGCAACCCCCCUACAGUUCAUCUGUGGCCCCGGCCGAGGCAGAAGAGAAGAAUGGCCAUGCAAAUGGAUAUCCCUAAGUUGAAAGCAAAAUCAACUCUUCAGAAGAAGGGAGAGGGGAUUGGGAUAACAUUGAACUGCUGA